AUGGCUAACAAAUAUCUUCAAUUGGCAACAAAAGCUUUCAAAUCAUUUGAUAAAUUUUCUGGAUUCGUUCGCACUUGCCGCGUGACAUCUGUGAAUGAAGGAACUGUAGAAGUUGAAAUGGAUGUGACAAAUGCGCACUUGAACUCAUCAGGACAAUUACAUGAGGGUUGCUUAGCUACACUUGUUGAUAUGGUCACAUCGGUUGCAAUAAUGAGCAGUAAAAUUGGUGACCUGGGCGUUUCGAUCAACCUCAAUAUGUCGUAUCCAAAUUGUGCCAAACUUGGUGACACGAUCGUUGUGAAUGGUACUUUGUUGCAUAGCAACGCGAAAUUGGCUCAUACUCGUGCCGAAAUUCGUCGAAAAGGUGAUAAUUUGCUAAUUGCCUACGGACAACACACAAAGGCUUUCCCUAAGAAGUCUUAG